AAUUCAGCUGGACACUGAUGCUAAGCGGCAGUCCCUGCUGGUGAGAGCUGGGCUGCUGUGGGCGGUGGGGCACUGGGAGGGUAGGAAGUGUCUGGUUUGGGUGGAUCAAGGUCCCUGAAAAGAAAACUUAGAAUUGCCCAGGGAAGAACUCCUGUUGGAUUGAGGGAGAGGGGUUAGGGAAUGUCAGGUGACUGAGAGUGCACAGGAGGAGGGGGUGACUAGAGGAAGGGAGGGUUUAAGGGACAGUAAGAGCCCCUGGAGGCUGGGAAUGGAGAGCUGUAGGUCCCAGCCCCGAAUUUACUCUUGCCUUCGCUGUUUGUCUCCAUCUGGGUUAUGGUGAGUGUCCUCCUGACCCAGCCACCCUUCCCAAAGCAAGGGCAUCUGGAAAGCAAAAAUGACCCGUGAAUUGGUAUCUGGGGGCAGGAGGGUAUAAACUGAAGCGGGGGUUAAAUCCUGCCCACCUCAUGUCUUUGCCAGGUGAGGAGGGAGCAGGAAAGGCAAGCCUAGAGUCUAGAUCGCCUUGGAAGUCACUGGCCAUGCCCACUCUGCUGCUCCCGCUGCUGCUGCGGACGCUGCUGGCCCGCCUGCUGCUGCCUGCUGCCCGCCUUGCCCGCCGGCACUUCCUGCCCCUGCUGCGCCGGCUGGUCCACCGCCUGGGCUCUCAGGAUAUGCGAGAGGCUUUGCUGGGCUGUCUGUUGUUUGUCCUCAGCCAGAGACACCCGCCGGAUGCUGGGGAGGCCUCCAGAGUGGCCCGCCUGGAGAGGAGGGACAGGCUAGCCUCCCAAAAAUGAGGCCAUGAAUCCUGGUAGCAGCUGUAUCCACUGAAACGCUUUCUUUUGGAGUAAGACAGUCCUGGCCCCAUCACUGACUGCAGCCUGCCCAGUGGGCAGAAGACAUGGUGGGGGACAGAGCAUGAGAGGGGUCCGGCCAGGACAUGCCU